AUGGACGGAGGCGUCGGAGGGCGACUACAUCAACGUCAGGAUCAGGAUGUCGGCCGUGCCCGGACAGGACGGCCACUGCGGCAACUUCAACGGGGAUCCCUCGGACGACACCAGGACCCGACGGCGAUCAGGGAGCGCAUCGGGAAGACGGGCGUCCCUGAAGAGGAGCUCCUCUUCAAGACGAAGACGCCGGUGGUCCCGGUCGACCGGCCAGACCUCAACAACUGCCCCGACGAGAAGUCGAAGGAGGCGCGCGAGGUCUGCACCCAGCAGUCAAACGGCGGCCUCCCGACCCAGGAGUGCAUGCUCGACGUCUGCUUCGGGGGCAAGGAGAGUUUGCGUUCCAGGAGUAGCGCGUCGUGCUGCCCCCGACGCCCGAGGAAGAAAACGCUGCAUCAACAUGAUUUUGCUCUUCAAGACAUUGUGGAGGCACGUUUUCUACCGCUUGUCGAUCAAGCGUGUACCACCCGCGACAGCGGCGACUGCGGCAUCGACCCACUCAUCCAAAGAUGUUGA